AUGGUGCAGGCGACGCUGGCUCAUGUAUCGUCAGGCUGUAAUGCCAAUACGAAUUCGCUGUCAACAAUGUUUCGCUGCGUGCCAUUUGAUCAUGAACAUGGCAACUAUUGCGGCGCUUUUGCGUCAAAGAACGCGGUGUGUAUGCUAAGUAGCAGUGUCAACAGUAAAUCUGAUGCAGCGCGACUAAAAGUUGUCGAGACUUUGAAGCACCGCGAGGCGGUCAUCAACACGACAAAAAUCACAAGUGUUAAAAUUAUGAGUGAUGAUUUUUCUUGUGGAGUUCGCGUUCUGGCAGGAGAUUCGGAAGGCCGCGUAUUUGUUUGGACAAAGUCAAACGGUCAGUGGAACGUCCAGAAGCUCCAAGAUAUAGAGACUUCUACAAAGAUGGCUGUAGCAGCAGUGGGCGCUGCUGCUACCAGAACAUGCUGGAUGUACGUUGCUGCGUUUACAGAUGGGACAUUAGUUCUGUACGAGCAAAAACAAGGUGAGAAUGCGAAUCUUUUACAUCUACUGGAGCUCGGUAAAAGAAGCAUCAUGGAAGCAGUGGACAUGACAGUGAUAAUCAAUGAAAAUAACAAAGAGCAGAGUUUUCUAGUGGCAGCAGGUGGUGUAGAUCAAAAAAUUCAUCUUUUGGAAGUAACAAAGAAAGUGACAAACUUGCUGAAGCUUGAUGGACAUCGAGAUUGGAUUCGUAGUCUUGCUUUUGAGCGAAAAAUAACAAGCGCUGGGGAUGAAUUGAUGCUGGCAUCGGCGUCACAAGAUCAUAAAAUUCGGUUGUGGAGAAUCAUGACAAGUCUCGGGGAUGCAAAGAUGGCAUGUAGCAAAAAAACGCAACACUUUCAGGCUCAAGGCUGCUUUUUGACGUACACCGUGAGCUUCGAUGCACUGCUACUUGGUCACGAAGAUUGGGUAACGUCUGUACAGUGGAUGGAAAAUAGCAGCGCUUUGCUUUCCUCUUCGAUGGAUAACUCGCUUAUCAUAUGGACAAGAAAUGCAAAUGAUGGUAGUAUUUGGUCACCGUCGCUUCGUGUCGGUGAAUUGGGUGGUAUCGGUCUGUUAUCUGCAGGUUUUUUACCAGCCUAUGAUGAACGUAUCAAUUUGAUUGCGCUAGGUUUUAAGGGACAAUUAGAAUAUUGGGAGCAACAGCCUGCGCCGUCCACUUCGUUUCUUCCGGCUAUAUCUGUUAACGGCCACGGAGCUGAGGUCACUGAUAUAUCUUGGUCACCACGUGGAAAAAGCUUCGUUUCUGUGUCACUGGAUCAGACUGCACGUAUUUUAGCACGAAUUUCACCAGUUGAUAACGCGUUGAUGCAUUCAGCUGAAUGGUUCGAAGUUUCAAGAGCCCAAGUACACGGCUAUGAUAUCAAUUGCGCAUGUUUUGUACUAGGAGACCGACUCGGCAAUAAUAAAUUUGUGAGCGGUGCCGCUGAGAAGAUUUUGCGUGUGUUUGAGACUCCUGACGAGGUAGAAAAGCUUGUCAAUAUGACGCACAGUGAUGAGAGGGCACUUGUCGAUUCACUCAACCAAACAGACUUGCAAGUGAGGAAAGUAAACAAUGCUUACCUUUCAGAACUGAGUCUGACGAACAAGUCGCCGAAAAUUGAAGCAUGUACUUCGGACAAAAUGAAAGGCGACGGGUAUGCAAAGUUUAAUGAAUGGGUCUCGUUACCAGUUGGAGACACGCUAGGCCGUAGGACUCUUUGGCCCGAGAUACGCAAACUUUAUGGUCACGGCAACGAGCUUCUCACUGUGGCAUCGUCGUAUGCUGGCGACUUGAUAGCGUCCGCGUGCAAAUCACGGGAAGAGCGCUAUGCUGCAGUGCGUCUCUGGAAUACUCUGGACUGGACUGAAGCUCAGGAACCGCUUGGAGGUCCCAAGAGCUCUGUUGUGCAGUUAGCUUUUUCUCAAAAUGAUAAAUUUCUCUUGUCGGUGUCAAAAGACAGACAUUUUUGUCUCUAUGAGCGGGAGGAAGGUCCCGAACGGAAAUUUAAGCUGUUAGAGCGUGUAAAAGCACACAAACGAAUAAUUUGGAGUUGUUCUUGGGCUCCAAACUCAGCACUUUUUGCACUUGGGUCUCGAGACCAGUCAUUUUCGCUUUGGUGGAAGACUCAAGAUACUUGGAGUCAGGCAUGUGAACCGGUCACGUUUGAAGCAGCUGUCACUGCUGUGGCAUUUGCUCAUUACAGUUUGGCAGAAUCUGUCGAUUUACUUGCUGUUGGCUUUGAAACUGGAGCGAUUCAAUUUUUUACGGUUUCAAAAUCUAAAGACGAGCCUGUUGUGGUCGUUUGUACAUUGGUGGGCGAAGUGGCAUGGGAAUCGUCGCCUUCUGCAGCAAUUCUACGUCUAGCGUGGCGUCCUUCAAACGGUGAUAAGGAUUAUGUGCUCGCAGUAGCCAGCAGCGAUAAUUCGGUGCGAGUGUACAAUGUUAUGGGGGAUUGA